UAUUACUGGCCUGGCAUUAGCAGUUCCCCACCAAAAUCUAUUGGCCUUUUCGUCAUCGGCUUUUUGUCGACGGCGCUCCUCCAUCUCUCAGCACCACAGAAGGCGUUGGCCUAUUCGUCUCCGGCCUCCCCUACGACGUCGAGGCCUGCGAGAUUAACAAACCUCUUCUGCCGCCGUCCCGGCUUCGACAGCUCAAGUACACAGACCGCGGCAAUCAGGCAAAUACCCUGAGAGAAAUAAUGGGCUCACUCUCAAAAAGGCAGAAGCUUUCAGAGGAGCAAUAUAUAGAUAGGAUCAGCAACUUACCAAAUAGCCUUGUUACUCAAAUCCUCUCCUGUCUUCCCACAAAAUACGCAGUGGCAACUAGUGCCUUAUCGACUAGAUGGAAGCAAUUAUGGACAUCCAUCACAAGCCUGGACUUUGAUGAUGAGUUACUGGUACAUCCUCAAAAUCAAAAUGGUAAUCCAGCGGUCCAAAGGAGUUUUACAAGUUUUGUGUGUCAAGUGUUUAUGCAGCGUAGGGAUUCAGCCAUGCAUAGGUUCCGUCUCAAAUUGAACCGCACGUACGAUGUUUCCCGUGUUAAUGGAUGGAUUGGUGAUAUGUUACUGCACAAUGUUCGAGAAAUUGAUCUGUCCAUCCGCAGGAAAGAUUCUACUUUGCUGCCUCAGGAUCUCUUCACUUGUGUGACUCUGGUGGUAUUAAAACUGGAUAUCGAUUGCAACAUGAAUGUGCCUACUUCAGUUUCUCUACCGAAUCUGAAAAUUCUCCACUUUGUUUGUAUCACAUUUGUGGAUGAUGACUCAAUCAACAGAUUCCUCUUUGGCUGCCCUGUGCUUGAAGAGCUGAAUAUGACUGCCUGUGUGGGUGAAGGGGUCAGUGUGAUUAACGUUGUUGCACCUAUGCUCACAAGCUUGAAUAUGCUUAAUGUUAUAUCUCGUCAUUAUAUGAAACCUCAUCAUGGUUUUGAGGGUAGGAUUGUGCUCGACACCCCGGCACUCCUAUACCUCACAAUCUUUGAUUCUUGCGCUGACGGUUUUGUAGUAGGGAGCUUACCUCAUCUCAUCAAAGCCGAUAUUACGAUAAUUGCUGAGGACCAUACCGAUCCACAUAUCUCUGAAGCUAUAACUGACCUUCUCAAGGGGAUAUCCAACGUUAGAUUUCUGCACUUGGCUGAUUUCUCUUUGGAGUCUAUUGACAGGUGUAACUCUCAAGUGCCAGAGUUCCCAUAUUUGACUGACUUGGAUCUUGGUGAAAGGCCUUCUUGUAUUGGAUGGAAAUUGCUGCCGAAGCUGCUGGAGAACUCCCCGCUUCUGGAAAGCCUUGUUUUCAAGGAGGGAAUUCGAGAUCGAGGUUCCAGAAGGCCAUUGCAUUGGAAUCCACCUCAGAAUGUGCCUUCUUGUUUACUCUAUCACCUCAAGGAAAUUGAAAUUAGAUUUUUCGGAGGGGAGAAAGAAGAGUGGGAAAUGGUGGAGUAUUUCCUGAACAACGCAAAAGUUUUGGAGAAGGUGAACAUGCAUUAUGCCGGUUCAGAAAGAGAGUGGACAAUACAGAUUAGAUAGUGAGUGAUAUUAAGCAAGAGCUUCAGGGUUUGUCGGAAACUUUUUGGAUGAUUCCAAGGAUCUCAAGGACUUUUUCAUGUUGCAACACUGCAUUUAUCGGAUUUGCUCUGGAUGUUGUAUUUGAAAGCUCAUUUGAGGAAGGAUUAGUUAUUGCUUCCAGUUGUACGAUUUUGAUAAAACUCGUUGAUUACUGGUACAAUUGAUUGAAGCUUGUAAAACAGAUUUAUUCUGUUCAAUCUUGUUCUUGGC